UUCCCCUUCUCUCUCUCUCCAAACUCUCUCUCUCUCUCUCUCUCUCUCUCUCUCUCUGUGUCUACAUGUAUAUGUUUAUGUGAUUAUAAAGCAUUAGUAAUCACCUUUCAUUUCUUGAACUCUAAGAAAUUUUUCUCAGUCACAGCAAGAGAUCUAGAACAUUCCAGCCGAGUAGCAGCGGCGAACCAUGGCGGGGGGAAGUAUCGGAACUUCCUUGGAAGAAACUCCGACGUGGGCCGUUGCGGUGGUUUGUUUUGUUUUGGUUGGAAUUUCAAUUGUCAUAGAGCACAUCAUCCAUCUUAUAGGACAGUGGUUGAAGAAAAAACACAAGACAGCUCUUUAUGAAGCACUUGAAAAGAUCAAAUCAGAGCUUAUGUUGCUGGGGUUUAUAUCUUUGCUUCUAACAGUAUUACAAGGUCCCAUUUCGGAUAUAUGCAUACCAGCGAGUGUGGGUGCCACGUGGCAUCCAUGUAGUAAUAAGCAAGAAAUGGCCAAACUAAACCACUAUGUUGUAACCAAUAAAGAACAAAAUCGUCGGAAGCUUCUAGAAAUGACAAACUCUGAAGGAAGUUUCCGACGUGUACUUGCGACUGCUACUACCGAUAAAUGCGCGCUCAAGAAUAAAGUGCCAUUUGUGUCUGCUGAUGGGAUUCACCAACUCCACAUCUUCAUCUUUGUGUUGGCUGUUGUUCAUGUCCUUUACUGUAUUCUCACUUUGGCUUUGGGUAGAGCCAAGAUGAGAAGUUGGAAGAAAUGGGAAAAGGAAACAAGAACACUUGAGUACGAGUUCUCACAUGAUCCAGAGAGAUUCAGAUUUGCAAGAGAGACUUCAUUUGGGAGAAGGCACUUGAGGUUCUGGACCAAUUCACCAAUUCUUAUUUGGAUUGUGUGUUUCUUCAGGCAAUUUGUAAGAUCGGUUCCAAAAGUUGAUUACUUGACCCUGCGACAUGGAUUCAUCAUGGCACACUUGUCACCACAAAGCCAUACAAGAUUUGAUUUCCAGAAGUACGUCAAAAGAUCACUAGAAGAGGAUUUCAAGGUGGUUGUGGGCAUCAGUCCACCAAUCUGGUUCUUUGCUGUGAUAUUCCUACUCUUCAACACCCAUGGCUGGUAUUCCUAUCUGUGGCUACCAUUUAUCCCCUUUAUUAUAAUUCUAAUGGUGGGGACGAAGCUGCAGGUGAUAAUAACAAAGAUGGGAAAAAGAAUAGAAGAGAGAGGUGAGAUAGUGAGGGGAGUCCCGGUGGUGGAGCCUGGUGAUCACCUUUUCUGGUUCAACAGUCCUCGUCUCGUUCUCUUCCUCAUCAACUUCGUUCUCUUUCAGAAUGCAUUUCAGCUUGCCUUCUUGACAUGGACUUUGUAUGAAUUUAAAAUCAAGUCUUGUUUCCAUGAAAAAUUGGAGGACGUGAUCAUCAGACUCUCAAUGGGGAUUAUCACACAAAUUCUCUGCAGCUAUGUCACUCUCCCUCUCUACGCUCUUGUAACACAGAUGGGUUCGACAAUGAAGCCAACAAUAUUCAACGAAAGAGUAGCAAUUGCUCUCCGAAACUGGCACCACUCCGCCAAGAAACAUAUCAAGCAUAACCAACAAUCCGGCCAAGCCACCCCUAUGUCGAGCCGCCCAGCAACACCAUCCCACCACACCUCCCCGGUCCACCUCCUCCGCCACUACAAGGCAGAGAUGGAUAGUAGUCUUCAAGCAUCACCAAGGAGAACAAAUUUUGAUGUGGAGGAACAUUGGGAGACCGAGGACUCUCCCAACUCGCCCUCCCAUCACCACCACGAUCGCCGGGAUGGCGAUGAUGGAUCAUCGUCACACCACCAAUACCGUAUUGAACUUGGUUACGUGGAACACGAUGAUGAGGUGGCAAGAUUGAGCCAAGUGGCUCAACAACCACAAACCGAGAGUGAGCGUGUUCAACAACAUGAGAUAAAUAUAGGACAUAAAGAUUUUUCAUUUGAUAGAAGAAAGAGUACUUGAAAUAAUAAUAUGUAUUAUUAAGAUAAAUAUUGAAGAUAAAAACUUUUGUGUAUUGUAAAGUACAGUUCUUUUGUCAACUUUUUGCUUGGGCGAAAUUUUGCCGGCUCAAUUGUCAUUUGACAUACACAAAUUAUAGACAAUUCAUGAGAAUUUUUUCAUAAAAACGACCAUGAAAUAUUUAUGAUC